CACGCCAGUGAUGAUAACCGUGAUAACGACGAUGAUGGAUAUAAAUUAUUUUGCAGAAAAUGUAAAUUUUUUACAUUGACUUAUGAAGACAAACAGUUAAGUUGGAUAAAUCGUGUUUCUUUCUACAAACAUAACGGUGCGUACAGUUUUAUGACCAAAGGUAACAAGAUAUGAUAGCGACCAGGUUUUGACAUAGUGGAACAAAGUUUGAUUUGGCAAACUGUUCCAGUCGGACUGUUUUGGUAACCGGCACUCAGCCCUUUCCGUCAGUGGAAUAGACAGGCAGCUAAAAUGAAAGAGCCGUAAGUAAAUAUGAUGGACUUUAAAACUGACAUGGAAAAAGAUGAAUUACAUGCGUUUAGAGAGCGUUGGAAGAAAGAACUAGAGGCAAAAACCGGAAUCAACCACAGUGCACCGAAAAACAUCGCUAGUGUUUUUGAUAGUAAGACAAAAAACGAGGAAACCAAAAAUCGAUACUUUGACAACCGAAGCGAACCUAUACCAGUAGGAAAACAUGAUAGUUAUGAAGCAGAGUACCAAGAAACCGGUAGUUUUCAAGACGAACGCAGUCGGAGGGAAACUGGAUGGAACACUUUGGGUGGGAGAAGGCUGGGUAAACCUGCAAGUGAAAGGAACGAAAAAGACCAAACGAACUACAUAUCUAUUGCGGAGGGUCUUUUGGAUGGAAGGACCAGUCCACUGCGAGAGAGGAUUCAGGUGGAGAGGACGCGAAGGAAGAGGCAGUUCGACGCUGAAACACAUUCGUGUCAUGGAAGCUCAACGCAACAACCACAGUGCAAAGUGACCAGAGAUGAUACAUUAGUGGAACAAUUAAUUCACGACUUGAAUGAAAUCAAUGAAAUUCCUUUCUUUGACAUGGAACUGCCUUAUGAGUUGGCAUUAAAGAUAUUCCAGUAUCUCAGCCGAACAGAACUUGGGAGGUGUGCUCAGGUAAGCAAAUCUUGGAAGGCUCUGGCUGAAGACGAGCUCCUGUGGUACAGGCUGUGCUUGAAGGAGGGUUACCACCGUGAGGCGAGUAUCUGUGACUCCCCCUGCUGGAAGGGAACUCUUCGAGACUGUAGGCGGAUUGAGGGCACGCUACGAUACAACUGGAAGAAUCGUAUUGGAGCCAUCAGUCACCUACAGUAUGAGCUGGGGAAGGUGUUGUGUGAUGUUAGUUCCUGUGAAGGCCUUGUCAUCGCUGGGUACACCUCGGGGGACGUCAGACUGUGGGACACUCUCAACUGGGACUCUGGGGCAUCCUACCUGCGCCCCAGUCAUGUGACAAUGGGCGUGACCCCAAGGCCUCACAUAAGCCAGGUCAAAGUCAACGAGUCAGUGGCAGCCGCUGCCUACGAAGACGGGAUUGUGGAUGUGUGGAGCACAGAGACUGGCCAGGAGCCCAUUCAUCACUACCAACACCAGCAGAGGGUGUAUGCUCUCGCCCUGGGGUCAGAUGGUGCUGCCGUGGCGACAGCGUCCGGGACAGAAGUGCGAGUGGACUGCCCUGUGGAUAAAGGCUAUUGGAGAACACUCUGUCAAAGCCAACUGCAGAAACCUGUGGAGUACCUGCUUCUGGCUCCCGAGAAACAGGGAGUCCCGCUGGUGGUGGCGUCUGCCGGCGAAAGCGUGUACCUGCUGAGGCCGGAGCAGGACCCCGACGUCCUCCACUCCGUCUACGGUCACCCCGUCACCUGCCUGGACGUGAGCCCCUCACACGCAGCGCUGGGGGUCAAGAGCUGCGGCUGGGCCAUGCACGAUGGCGGCAACAAGAUUCAGGUGUACAGCCUAGAGACGGGCCAAUCGGAAGUGUCCGUGGGGAACUCGGCAGGAGACUUCACCUGCAUCAACCUGCGAGACGGCCCCGCCCACCUGCUGGUGUGUGGGAACAAAGACAGGAGGGUGCGGGUCUUCGACCUGCGCACAGGCUCCUCUGUGGCCUCACUGUACGCCCACCACCUGGGGGUGACCGCGGUCCAGGCGGACGAUUGGAAGAUUGUGAGUGGGGGUGGAGAGGGGUUGGUCUGCGUCUGGGAGUUGAGGAUGAAAGCCAAACUAUGGGAGAUGCACAACAGGCACCCUGUCCGGCACAUGCGCUUCCGCACCAGCACCCUGGUGACGGCCAACAUCCCAGACGAGAAGUCCCCGCGAGGGGCCUGUAUCACUGACGAUGACCUCACCGCUCACCGCAGGCACAGGGGAGUCAUCUCCCUUUUCGACUUCAGCGUGGACAUGUCCUCUGCAGAUCACGUUCUGCCCAUCUGCCGGUCCAGCUAUGAGGAAUCCACCGGCUACAACUACAACAUCGGCCUGGCCAUGCCCUACGACACUAUUGCUGCUUCCCCGGCUGGCUUGUGACACUGUGACCAUUAUUGGCAGGGUAUUAUCAAUUUGAGGGUGGGAAAAUACAAAUUAUAUAUUUUUUUCGCCCUCAUAACUAUUUUCCCACGUUUUAAAAUUAUCAAGUUAUUUUUAAAAUGUUUCCUUUUUAAAAGAAGAUUCCAGGUGUCUGUAUUUAAAUGGCAACUGGACUUUCCUUUCGGAUGAAACCUCUUUGUAUCAUAGAGCAUCGCAUAGCUUUCUAUUAUGGCUUAAUUAAAAUAUUCAUCACAAAUCCAUAUUCAUCAUAAAUGUAUGAUGUUUUGUAACAUUUGUGUUUGUAUAUAUGUAUAUAGAGGCCCAAAUACAUUCAAUUCAAGUGCUUUGUGCUGAGUCUUUAACUUACAAUAAAAAAAAUCAAACAGCUUUUUGCUGCUUUAACAACAUUAUGACUGAUCACUGUAAUUAAUGAAGAAAUGUACAAGUAAACAAAAAAUAAUGCCAUCUCAAUUGUAGGACACAGCACACUGGAAUUAGACUGCAUCUGGGCCUUAGGUGUCUUGUACAUAUUUACUGGUUAUUAAUUUUGUCUGGUGUGUGAUGGCUGAGAUACAUAUUUGACCCAUCCUUUACAACCUGUAGCCACAUUCUUAACGAAACAAUCAUUACAUGAGAAAAAAAUAUACUACAUAAUGUCAAACAUGUUGUUUCAUUUUUUAUUUUACAAAUAUAUUAUGUCUUCACUCAUUGCAAAGGCUUGAACAAACCUGUAUAGAAGGCACCAUGUUUGAUAAAUUAUCUGUUCUAAAAGUAAUUGCACACAAUAAUGGGUCUUUCAGAGCCACAGAAAUAAAAAAAAUAAACCGAAAAGAUCAACAAGAUACAAGUUUCUCAUAUAGAGAUCAGUCAUUUCCGUCUGUGUGAGUGUGUGGGCAGAUGUGGAAGGCGUGUUGAGAAAAAUUAGUGGAUGUACAAAGGCAGAUGCAGGAGAACACUUAAGCCACUAGAGGUCAGCAGAGCUACAACAUCUGAAUUUAAAAAAAUAAAGUGAAAAUGAAUAAAACAAAGCUACGCCGUUGAGGAGGGGUGUGUGAGGCAGAGGCGCAGCUUUGUCACUGAGCUUGGUGAGGUGUUACGCGCUGCCAGCAUGAGUGAUAAUAUUCACCUUCCCGCUAAUGGCAAAAAACACCCCUGUCUGCUGCCUCAUUACCGUGCAAAUUCACGCCAGGAAUCAGAGAGCUGAAUCACACUGGUGUCGCUGCCUCCAAAAUAAGCAGUUUAUCAGGAGGGAUUACACAGCCAAGACCACAGGACGUGUCCUUACAUUCUGUACUCUCCGUAUCUUUUUAAGAUACAGCUAAAUCGGCAAAUGUGUCCUGAAUCAAGGCCUUUGUGUGUUCAGAUACCACUACCAUGAUGCCCAUGCAAUUUGUAAACCUGCAGGACAGCACAGGAAUGGAGACAUUUCUCAUAGUCCUCAUCUUGUGUGAUAAAACAUGCAUUAUACCCACUUGUCAGGACUUUGUUCAUCUGUAGUAAACAUCACUAACAUUAGUCUGGAUGGUGUCUACAUUGGAAAUUGUGCUAUAUGCUUUAUACUUCCAGCUGAUCUCAAGAGAGGUUCCAGCUGGCACCAGAAAAGCACAUGGCAAA